UAGAACUCCCUGCUCUUCUAACAUUUGCCAAACCAAAGCCUACUUCUUCUCAGUUCUCACCGCUAUCUCAGACCGCCAAAAACAUCAUCGGCGAUAGCGAAACUCGCCAUCAGUCUCCGCUUCGCAUUGUCCUAGGAAUCAGAAGAAGAAGAAGAAGAAGAAGAAGAAGAUCAAUGGCCGCUCGCUCGCUGUCCGCGCUCCCAAUCUCGCCCUCGAAUCCUCAGCCGAUCCCUAGAAGCGCGCCCGACUCCUCCGUCUCGCUCGCGUGGAGCCGGAGGCCCAGCUGCCUGGCGAGCUCGUUCAACGGGCGCAGGCUCUCCGCCGUUCCCCUCCGCUCGAGACGGCUCGUUCGCAGGUUCAAUUCUGCCGUGGCGACGGUCUUGCUGAGCCUCCCCACCGGGAAACCCGAGAGAGCAUCCGCUGACAAGCUCCCAAAAUGGUCGGCGAGAGCAAUCAAGUCGUUUGCGAUGGCGGAGUUGGAGGCGAGGAAGCUCAAGUAUCCGAAUACCGGCACUGAAGCUCUUCUCAUGGGGAUUUUGGUCGAGGGCACUAGCCUAGCUGCAAAGUUUUUGAGGGCUAAUGGAAUUACGCUUUUCAAGGUUCGAGAGGAAACGGUGAACUUGCUAGGGAAAUCUGACAUGUACUUUUUCAGCCCUGAGCAUCCUCCAUUGACCGAGCAAGCGCAGCGAGCCCUUGAUUGGGCUGUUGAUGUAAAACUAAAGUCAGGCGAAAUUGGAGAAAUAACCACAACGCAUCUGCUUCUUGGGAUUUGGUCUGAAAAGGAAUCAGCAGGUCACAAGAUCCUAUUGUCCUUGGGUUUUACUGAUGAGAAAGCGGAGGAACUUGCCAAAUCUAUAGAUAAGGAUGUGAUUUUGAGCCACAAGUAAGUCUCAAAAUGGUAAAGAGGGAUGCUGUUUGAUUAUUUCCUUGGGAUCCCUGGGAGUCAGCUUUCUAAGUUCAGAAAGUUUAAGAUGACUGAGGCAUGCUUGGAAGUUCAAAUGAUUCUGCCAAAGCUUUUUUAAUAGACAUGUCUCAUCUCACUCUUGGCGGGUCUCCUGUUCAAUUCUCAACGGCUCUUUGUAGGGAUGCAGAACUGCUUUUCUCAAGAGCAUUUUUGCGAAAAAGGGGACAACCUUUUGUUAAUGGAAAUGAAUUUCAUAUAUCUUUCUUGUCCGACGAAAAUUUGACCUGUCGCAGUGUAGUAGUGCUAGGAGCACGUAAAAAAUCUGGACAGAAAUGAAUGGAUCACACUUGGUUGCUUUUCUUUUUAAGCCCUCUUGCUUGAAUGUUGUUGGGGGUGGCAUUGGGGAUUACAUUUAAGAAGCAUGUUUUAUGUCUUUGUGAA